AUGACAUGUACCCUGCUUCUACGGAGCUUCCUCCUCCUCUUCCGCCUCUGGUCGCACGUCUACCCCCCAGCGACCCUGCCCCGCCAUGCCACAGCUCCAUCCCCGCCCGUGGCCGGCCCGGUGGCGCCCCGCCCCGCCCGCGCACGCCUCCGCCCGCCCCGCUCGUGGCCGGGCGCGGCCGGCGGCGCCCCGCCCCGCACGCUCCCGCCCGCCCCCGCCCGCACACGCCCCCGCCCAUGGCCGCCCUCGCCCGCCCCGCCCCGCCCGUGGUCGGCGCCGCCCCCUCCCCGCCCGCGCACGUCCCCGCCCGUGGCCGGCGCCGCCGGAGGAGCUCCGCCGCUCGCCCGCCCCGCCCCGCCCGCGGCCGGCGCCGCCCGCCCCGCCACGCGCACGCCCCCGCCCGUGCACGCCCGUGGCCGGCGCGGCCGGAGGAGCUCCGCCCUCGCCGUGGGAGCGCGGCCCCGUCCGCCGUCGUUCGACGUCGCCGGCGCGGCUCCAAGCUCGCCGCGGGCGCGCGGCCCCGUCCGCCGUCGUUCGACGUCCGGCGACUUCCGGCGGGUGUGA